CUCGCCAUUCUUAUUUCCGCAACACCGUCGGAAGGAUCGUCGGGAACGAAGCUCCGUCGAUCGGGGUGACUCUUGUGGGAGCUGGCCGGUGCGACCGCGGUCCGAUGCUGACGCGGAGGGCUCUGGACGAGGUCUCGCGGCGCGGCGCGCUGUCUGGUCGCGAGGCGGUGUCGCGGAAGUGCGACGCGAGAGGAGCUCUCGCGUUUAUCGGCGCGGCGUCGGGCGCUCGGGGGGGUGAUACGCCGGAGAGGUCUUAUUCCAGCUCCGGCGCAUCCGCGGCUGAUGAAGUCGGAGCUGGAGAUGGCGCCGGCGAGGGUGGCAUUCGCUAUCCGCGGCGCGGCAGCGAUCAGGGAUACUCGGUACCUUCGAGUAGGUACUCAAGCAUUAGGUUACGGAAUACGUUAUUCAAUCGGACACGUGGCAGUUUGGGUUGGGACCUUAAGGCUACAAAUAACGACAGUGUUUGUGAUGCACGGUAUUUAUCAACUUGUGAUUAUACUAGCCAUUGUGUUGAGAAGAAUACAAGGGAGGGCGGUAAGCUUUUAGGAAGCAUUCCAAGGUAUGUGAAGAUUGUAGAAGUUGGUCCGAGGGAUGGAUUGCAAAAUGAGAAGGAAAUUGUGCCUACCAAAGUAAAGGUUGGGUUGAUAAAAAUGCUAGUCUCUUCAGGUUUGCCUGUUGUUGAGGCCACGAGUUUUGUCUCACCAAAAUGGGUGCCGCAGCUAGGAGAUGCAAAGGAUGUUAUGGAAGCAAUUCGAAAUGUUGAAGGUGCUAGAUUUCCUGUAUUAACUCCUAAUCUUAAGGGAUUUGAAGCUGCAGUUGCAGCAGGAGCCAAGGAAGUGGCCAUCUUUGCUUCUGCUUCAGAAUCUUUUUCGAAGUCAAAUAUAAAUUGCAGCAUAGAAGAGAGUCUUAAGCGUUAUCAUGAUGUUUCACUUGCAGCUGAGAAGGCCUCAGUUCCUAUCCGUGGAUACAUAUCGUGUGUUGUGGGUUGUCCAGUGGAAGGAAAGGUACCUCCAACAAAAGUCGCUUAUGUGGCAGAAAAACUUUAUGAUAUGGGUUGCUCUGAAAUAUCUCUAGGAGAUACGAUCGGCGUUGGUACUCCUGGUACUGUGGUCCCAAUGCUUGAAGCUGUUAUGAAUGUUGUCCCUGUUGAUAAGCUAGCUGUUCAUUUUCACGAUACUUAUGGACAGGCUCUUUCAAAUAUUUUAGCAUCCUUACAGAUGGGUAUUGCAACAGUAGAUUCAUCAGUCGCCGGCCUUGGGGGUUGUCCAUAUGCUAAAGGUGCAACUGGGAAUGUUGCAACGGAGGAUGUUGUUUACAUGCUUAAUGGACUUGGAGUGAAAACCAAUGUGGACCUUGGGAAGGUCAUGUUAGCUGGGGAUUUCAUCUGUAAGCAUCUGGAACGUCCAUCUUCGAAGACCGCAACUGCCCUAAGCACAAGCACAGCUCAUGUGUCUAAGCUUUAAGGUACUCGAGAAAGCCGACACAUACAUUGUUCACUUUCAAAAUUCGAGCUGCGAUAACUGUACUGCGAUACAUAAAGCAGGGGCAAAUUCCCCAUUUCAUUUAAAUUUCUAUUCUGGCAUGGACUGUUUCCCCAACACCUCUCUCUCUUGUAUUAUUUAAAAUACUCGGACUAGUCUGCUCUAAGCUUUGAUUUGGAGAGACAGCGAGAGAGAGAGAGAGAGAGAGAGAGAGCUCCUGCAUGUUACUGCCUCAAAAGCAGCAAAAGGUGUUAGUGGAAAGGAGUAUUGAUGAGAAUGUCGGAUUGGUUGGUGGAUCGGAGAAAGGUUGGUGAUCUACAACAUGGGAAAUGGACCGAAACGAUGACUGCAUUAAACACCGCUUUUAAAGUUCUGAGAACUUGUCCUUCGGCGGUAGUUGGCCCUGAGGAACUUGGGUAAGGGAGGCAGAAGACCGUCGGUGAAUGCGAGGAUGCGAUAAUGGAGGACUUCCGCUUUCUAGCCUUGAAGAACAUUUUCCAAAGAAUUUAGUUGACUAGUGUCCCUUGCGACCAGUUAGGAAAGCUUCAUAGUUUCAAAGCAUUGAUUAUGUGUAAUGCAAGACGGUCAGAACCUUGAGAAUUAUGAAAUAUCCUUAAUGAGUUGCUAAAA